AAUCAAUCUAGACAACAAAGUCAAUAUAGGGGAAGCCAAACCCCCAAAGUCUUGGCCUUUUUGGCUGCCAUUGUUGCCUGCACCACCACCGAAUCUAUCACCCCUUUCCUUAAUUAAGCCUCUCAUCAUUCAAUUUGAUUUUUUCUCUCCCUUGUUUCAACCUACACAUGUGUUUGAUGGUUUGGUACUUUGGUCAUAUAGAGGAUUUUUGAUUUAGCAGCAGAAUUCAUAUAUAUAGUCUUGAUAAAAUUUGCCCUUUUUUGACUUCUCAAGUGGUGGAUCGGUUGAGGAUUUUCCAUUUUUGGUUUUUGUUGGAAGGUAGAUGUUGAUUUACAGUGGAGCAGUUUGAGGUGUUGUGAGAUAAAUGGAUAGUCUUUGCUGUUUCAAUUACCCUCCGCGUUCGUCAGGUGGCUCUGGCAAGGGAAGGAGCCAUCAGGGGACUGCCAAGUAUGGUUUCAGUUUGGUAAAAGGGAAGGCAAAUCAUCCUAUGGAGGAUUACCAUGUCGCAAAAUUUGUACAGGUCCGAGGUCGGGAACUGGGGCUAUUUGCAAUAUACGAUGGGCAUCUGGGAGACAGUGUGCCUGCUUACUUACAGAAGCAUUUGUUUUCCAACAUCUUAAAGGAGGAGGACUUUUGGACGGAUCCAAACAGGUCUAUUGCUAAAGCCUACGAGAGAACAGAUCAAGCUAUUCUAUCGCACAAUCCUGACCUGGGCAGAGGUGGGUCUACCGCUGUCACUGCAAUUCUUAUAGAUGGCCGACGUCUGUGGGUAGCCAAUGUCGGUGAUUCACGAGGAGUACUUUCCAGGAUGGGUCAGGCUAUACAGAUGACCGUUGAUCACGAGCCCAACACUGAGAGGGGAAGCAUUGAAGACAGGGGUGGAUUCGUCUCAAACAUGCCUGGAGACGUUGCAAGAGUCAAUGGCCAAUUGGCCGUUUCACGUGCUUUUGGAGACAAGAACUUGAAGACCCACUUGCGAUCAGACCCGGAUAUUAGAAGUGCUGAGAUUGAUGCUGAAACUGAACUCCUCAUUCUUGCUAGCGAUGGUCUAUGGAAGGUAAUGUCGAACCAAGAAUCUGUAGAUAUCGCUAAGAAAAUCAAAGACCCACAGAAAGCAGCGAAGCAACUAGCUGCGGAAGCAUUGAACAGAGAGAGUAAGGACGACAUUUCAUGCAUUGUUGUUCGGUUCUAGGUUUCGUGUCGGGAUGCAAAGCUAUUGCUGCUGUGAAGCUUUUGUACAUUAUGCCUCUAGCAGAUGCAAUAUACGGUAGACUACACGAAUCUCUGCAGAAAUCCAGCUCGACUAUCGGUCUGAGAAAGCCUGCUAUUAUCACGGCCCUCUGUAAUAUUUGCUUGAUUUCUUCUUUUCUUGGUGUAGAUUUCCCACCAUUUUUUCUUUGCAAUUUGGUUGAAGACAUUCAAGUUGGAUUGUUUUUAUACAGUUAAAUGUGUAAUAAUCCUAAAUAGGAUUCAUGUAAUACUUCUAAUCACCAUCGACAUUAAUGAUUAUGUAAUAAUUUGUAAGUA